UUAGAAAGAAUUGCCUGCUAAUGUGUUUCAUGGCACAGAGAUGAACUAUUUGGCCUUAAAUUGAGGAUAGCACUUUGAGUGCACAGAGUGACCAUAAAAGAGAUCCUAGUUCGCAAUGGCCCAGUCUGGUAGAAAAACUGAAAAACUUGGCAUAGAUUGGGAACGAGCAUUUGAUCUUUAUUGCAGUGCGAUUGCAUGUGACAAUGAGGUUUUAUGUGUCCAAGCUACAACUAAGCUUGCCAAUUUUUCUAAACAUGCACCUGUGGAUCUAUUAGUACGCACGAUCCCUGUUCUUGUAGAGCUUCUUCGAAGGACCCCUUCCACCGAGCUGAGUCCCUCAAUUCAGGAAGCUGCUGCUCGCUGCUUGAAAUGUGUUGCUUGUCAAGGGGAAGGGAGAUUGGCUGUAGUUAUUGGUGAAUCAGGAGCUAUCCCUUCUCUAUUGAGAUUAUUAUUGCAUUCUGAUGGGAGUUUGCCAAGGGUUUUAUUGAAAUGCCUUAGAAAUAUUGUCACGUUUGCUGCUCGUAAUCGUGAGAUUGUAGUUAGACAUGGUGGACUGGGAAUCAUUCUCAAUUUGUUGAAUACCUGCUCGGAUGAUGAUCUAAAGCGAUACUUACUAGAAAUUCUCAGUGCAUUGGCUCUUUUGAGAGAAGUUAGGAGGACCGUUUUGAUUUCCGGGGGUGUUCGUUUUCUUGUUGAAUCUGCUAGAUGUGGCAGCAUGAUAUCUAGAUGUAGAGCUGCUCAGGCAAUUGGGCUGCUCGGGUUGGUUAAGAGAGCAAGGCGCACGCUUGUUGACGUGGGCACAUUUUCAGUGCUUUUAGAACUAAUUCAGGUUGGAGAUACUUCAACUAAAGUCGUAGCUGCUAAUGCACUUGGUGUGAUCUCAUCUCAUGUUGAUUACAUUAGACCACUUGCUAAUGCUGGUGCAAUUCCUUUAUACGCUGAGCUUCUAGAAGGAUCUGAACCCAUGGGUAAGGAGAUUGCCGAGGAUGUCUUUUGCAUUCUAGCAGUGGUAGAAGAAAACGCUGUUGCAAUUGUUCAACAUUUGGUUAGAAUCCUUAGAGGAGAUAGCGUCGAAGCUAAAGCUGCUGCUGCUGAUGUAUUGUGGGAUCUUGCAGGUUACAAGCAUUUGACAUCUGUUGUGCGGAAUUCAGCUGCAAUUCCUGUUCUGGUUCAGCUGUUGGAGGACGAAAAUACUGAUGUGAGGGAGAAGGUUUCUGGAGCUAUCGCCCAGUUGAGUUAUAAUGAAGUGGAUAGAGCUACUCUUGCAAAUUCUGGAGCUAUUUCGCGAUUAAUAGAUAUGUUGCAGGAUGAGUCAGAGGAAAUGAGAGAUAAUGCUGCAGAAGCUCUUGUCAAUAUCUCAGAGGACCCAUCACUGGGCGAUAGAAUAACAGAGGUGUUAAAUAGUCCUUCAUUCCAGAAUAUGCAAGAAAGACUGACGCAAAUUCGUGCUUCAAAUGCUUAUUUGGAUUCAUCAAUUAGACAUAUGAGCAUUGAGCAAACAACUAUGGACCCUGCUCUUAUCUGACUCCUUAUUCUGUCACAUAAUCCCGUCUUGAAUGUAAGAAUUAUAUCUUUUUAAAAGCAUUAUUUGAUUCUUAUUUCUUCCCCUAUAUGUAACUUGUUGGAAUGAUUCAAGUAAAGGUAAAUAAGAUUGAUCUUGAAGUUAA